AUGUUGAAAGAAGGAAUUCGGGGUGUUGGUUUUAUUAUAGGUGAUUCUAAUGGUAACCUUGAGGGAGCAGUUGCGAUGCGGGCGCCUGUUAUGGUCUCCAUCCUUGCGACAGAAUUAUAUGCGUUGAAGGCUGGCCUUCUUUUUGCGAUUGAUGCUUCCUUUAUACCUCUGAUGGUUGAAUCCGAUUGUCUGAAUGCUGUAAACAUGAUCAAUAGCGGAGAUGUCUGCUUUGCCACCGAGGGGGGGUCUAGUGGAGGAAAUCCGAAGGCUGCUGCACCAUAA